GAUCUCUCUGUCUCAGUUUCUUUACCAGCCGUUCUUGGGGAAACUCAACGCCCCCAUUCUUCUUUCCCUCACACUUCCUGCUGGAGAGGUUCCGUCGGCCUCUCCUCUCCCAGAUCGGACCUUCCUGGGGUCCUUAGUCUCCUUAACUGUCCUCCUUCGAGAGGGCGACUUUGGUUUUGCUGGUGGAAGAAACGAGGCUCAGAACUUGAGAAGACAUCUGAGGUGCACACAUUCCUAUCUCCAACAGCUUUGGGGUCUUGAGCAUAUGCGCUUUCAGCUAUGCCUGAGGAAGAAGCUGUAAGUGCCAACCGCCCUGGACCCAACCCCUCUGAACCAGACCAGACCAACAAGAAUGACGCCUACGCAGACAGACGGGGAGUUGUAAUAAAGCAUCUGGAAAGGAAGUAUGGUACAGUUCGGAAUUUUUCUCGGAAACACAAAACCACCCUUCAGUACAUCUUCUGGGGCAUCUUAUUAGCAGGUUACCUGGCUAUGGUGAUCGCCGCGUGUGCCCUCAACUUUCAGAGAGCCGUUCCUCUGUUCGUGAUCACUGUGGCUGCCAUCUUCUUUGUGGUCUGGGAUCACUUUAUGGCCAAAUAUGAGCAUCAAAUUGAGGAGCUCCUGUCUCCUGGCAGAGAGUUUCUGGACGACCAUUGGUCCUGGCUGAAGUGGGUGAUUUGGAGCUCUCUGAUCCUGGGAGUUGUUUUCUGGCUGAUCUUUGACACCGCCAAAUUGGGCCAACGGCAGCUGGUGUCCUUCGGUGGGCUCAUAAUGUUCAUUAUCCUGAUGUUUCUAUUUUCCAAGAACCCAACCAAAGUUCGCUGGAGGCCUGUCUUUUGGGGAAUUGGGUUACAGUUUCUUCUUGGGCUCAUAAUACUAAGGACUGGCCCUGGACUUAUGGCUUUUCAGUGGUUGGGCAAACAAGUUGAGACCUUCUUGGAACACACUGACGCUGGUGCUUUAUUUCUCUUUGGUGAGAACUACAAAGACCACUUCUUUGCAUUUAAGGUCCUGCCAAUGGUGAUUUUUUUUGGCGCCAUCGUGUCCCUGCUCUACUAUCUCAGACUGAUGCAGUGGAUCAUUAGAAAGAUUGGAUGGGUCAUGCUGGUUACUGUGGGAUCAUCUCCUAUUGAAUCUGUAGUUGCUGCUGUCAAUAUAUUCGUCGGACUUGCAGAGUCUGCACUGCUGGUCCGACCGUAUUUACCACACGUCACCAAGUCUGAACUCCAUGCAAUCAUGACCGCUGGGUUCUCUACCAUUGCUGGAAAUGUCUUAGGCAUAUACAUUUCUUUUGGGAUUUCACCUGCCCACUUAUUAACUGCCUCAGUUAUGUCAGCUCCCGCUUCAUUGGCUGUGGCUAAACUCUUUUGGCCUGAGACAGAAACACCUAAAAUAACCCUCAAAAAUGCCAUGAAAAUGGGAAUGAGUGAUUCGAGGAAUCUCCUAGACGCAGCAUCACAUGGAGCAUCCUCAUCCAUCUCUGUGGUAGCACACAUCGCUGUGAAUAUGAUUGCCUUCGUGGCGCUGCUGUCUUUUGUGAACUCAGCCCUGUCCUGGUUUGGAAACAUGUUUGACUACCCACAGCUGAGUUUUGAGAUAAUAUGCUCCUACAUCUUCAUGCCCUUUUCCUUGAUGAUGGGAGUGAACUGGCAAGACAGCUUUAUGGUUGCCAAACUCAUAGGUUAUAAGACCUUCUUCAGUGAAUUUGUGGCCUAUGAGUACCUCUCAAAAUUGGUGGAUUUAAGGAAACGAUCUGGACCCAAAUUUGUGGAUGGUGUCCAGCAAUAUAUGUCAAUUCAUUCUGAGACAAUUGCCACUUACGCUCUCUGUGGCUUUUCCAAUAUCUGUUCCCUAGGAAUGGUGAUCGGCGCAUUCACAUCCAUAGCUCCUACCAGAAAGCGUGACAUCGCCUCAGAAGCAGUGAGAGCUCUGAUCGCAGGGAACACUGCCUGCUUCAUAACUGCCUGUAUCGCAGGCAUCCUCUCCAGCACUCCUGUAGACAUCAACUGCCAACACAUUUUAGAGAACACCUUUGCCUCUGGCUUACCUCAAAACACAACCGAUGUGGUGUCGUGUUGCCAGAGCUUAUUGAGCAGCACUGUUGCCAAGGGUCCCAGGGAGGUCAUCCCAGGAGGAAACCACAGCCUGUAUUUUUUGAAGAGCUGUUGCAAAUUGUUGAAGCCAUCAACACUGAACUGCAGUUGGAUUCCUAAUACAUUUUGAGUUCAGCCACUUCUCCAACAGAACUGUAAGUGCAGAUGCUGAACUUUCCGCAUGGGGGAGAAAAAAAAGUUAUUCUCCACAGAUUGAUACUUCCAUCGUGGAGUCAGCUUUACCUGGAAAGAAGAAACACAGGAGUGCACCCUUCAGAUCUAGAGCAUCUCCCUCCCCUCCUCAGCCCCUUCCCCGCUGAGAACUACUAUAGUGUCCCCAAGUGAGGUGUUGUCUCCAGUACCCCAAAUGUCUUCUGACCUUGGAAUUUCAGGACAUUUGACCAGAAUGCAGGUAUAAAUGAUGGCUCACAACAACUGGGCUAUACUCAGUAUAACUAAGCCAUACUCAGUGUGAGUCUCUGAGUAGUCCAGAGUGACCCACUUUAAAAACAUCUCAGGUGAUGUCUCUGCUUUCACCCUGGCUGAGCUGAAACAGCCUAAAUGUGAAUCUCAGGUGGAGGAGGACCAGUCACAUAUCACCCACUCAUUACCUGCCCUGGAAAAAGUCCUGCAGAAAUCAGGAGUCCUUCAGGAGAGCACCUAGAACAUUCCAAAGCUAGGUUUUAAAUGCCGUGUGCUUCAAGUCAGCUUAAGCUGAAAUAUGCUGCAGUAACAAAUAAUUCAAAGACCUUGAUGGCUUACAAGUUUAUUUUCACUUAUAUUAUGUGUUUAUUGAGGGCAAAUUUUGGCCAUACUCCAUGUUGUCGUCAUUUCCAGGACCCAGGCUAAAAGAGCAACCCCUAUGUGGGGCAUGUUGGUCUUAUGGGAGAGGGAAAAGAAAGAUGAGGACCACAUUAUGGUUCUUAAAACUUCUGCUAGGAAGUGACACCCUUCACUUCCACUACCUCCCAUUAUCAAAAGCUAGUCAUGUGAAAAGCAUGAGACAAUAGCCAUAGAUGAAUUAUCCUGUCAUAGGGAGGGAUAGAGAAUAUUUGGAAGAAAUAAUAUGAUAUACCACCUGGGUACAUAAUAUCUGUGUCUGCCUUCGAGGAGUCAACAUGUUAUAGGGCAUAACAGUAAGCCUAUUCGUGUGCGAAUUUGGUUAUGUUCCUGGUGACAAGACUGGAAAUGGUGCUACUCUUUAUUCAAAAAAGCCACGUAAGCACCAUUUGAAGAACAAAAAUAAGUCCUGAUUGAGAUCUGAAAGCCUUCCAUUGAUACUUCCAUUGACCAGGAGAGCAUCAGCAUCAAACUUGCUUAAUGAGUAUCAAACAAGAACCUUCCACAAACAAUGGUGGGGUGCUCUUUAAUGAAAUGCUCAUCAUCAUUGCCAUUAACAGCAUAAAGACCACAUUACUGAGAAAACACAAAGACUAAUGACUGGAUUAAAGGGUGAUGCACACAAAAGAAAGAAUGUGAAAAAGGUUUCAGAAUAUCUGAAGUAAUUUAUAUGUUUUCCUUUUUGUUCAUGCACAAGAGUAAUUUUUUUAAUCCAGUGUAAACAGUUAGGUUGUUUUUAUGAUCGUGGUGGUGGUGGUGUAGGAGGGAGUUAAGUGCCCAAAAGACUCUUAAUCUCUGAAGUACAAUAUACUAGGAUAUUUCUACUUAAACUGAUCAUUUGUAUCAAAUUUUUCUUGGAACUCAAUGUGUCCUUUCAGUAUUUAGACUUUGUUUUAGGAAAAUAUGUUUACCUUUCUUUCCCUCUGUUCUCAGUGUUCUGGUGUCAGCUUCAUAAACGCCUGUGGCAGAGUGUGUCAUGGAUGCCAGUUAUUCAUAUGUUAGUUCUCCUUUGUCUGUUAUCACUAUUAUUUUUCGAACUUUUCUUUUCUCCUUUUAAAUCUUUGCAUUUUGCUAUUCUGUUUUAUUCCCAAGAAUCUCUUUCUAGGAGAAUCUCUGUGCUGUUUCUAGUGUCCCUCUCUGGCCAAGUAAUUUUUAAAUUCUCUCUGUUGCCGUUACUAUUCCUUAGA